UGCAUUGUUAAAAGGCUGGAACAAACCUGUGCUUCCACGCUGCCGACAGCCGGUCUGAUGUCUUGGAAGGAGAGAGAUCUUCGAUCGUGGAGACCCUUGGGGUCCUUGGCCAAGCACCUCCAGUCAGUAGUGUACCACGUCAGUAAAUUGCGGGUACCUCGUGUUGAGGCUUGGUACCUAUCCAGGUGGUGUGAAAAUUACUGAAUUCGGACACUCGUGGUGUAAGUGUGUCCGGGAUGCUACACUAUUUCGAGGUAAGAGUGGAUGGAUGGGAUGUAACCAUUUCCCGUUUUGGAUCUGAUGCGGUGGGAAGCGGAAUAUCUGCGGUGGGAAACAUUGUUGUCAGCCAAGUCGAUGAUGUCGAUCUGGAGUUCUUCAGUGUAUAUAAGAAUCCAGCAAGCUCCUCGAGUUACCUCCUGUUUCUUCCAUCUCAUCAUCACCAUCAUUCAACCACACAAACAAAACAAGUUUCACCCUCCAAAGACCAAAAGCCAAAGACAACUCUUUACCUAUCCUCCACCAACAACAACACACUCAACCAAACUAAAAAUGCAACUCACCACCCUCCUCGCCCUCGCCACCGCGGCCGUGGUCCCGGCCCUCGGCGCCGUCAUCCCCAGAGCCGUCGGCAAAGCCACCGUCCUCAACCACUGCUCCUUCCCCGUGACCCUCUGGUCCGUGGGCUCCACCGUCUCGGCGCCCGUCGCCCUCGCCGCGACCAACGGCACCUACAGCGAGGAAUUCGUCAAGGACCCCGUGACGGGCGGCAAAGCGCUCAAGAUCACCACCACCUCCGACGGCCUGUACACGGGCGCGCCCGAGCUCAUCCUUGCGUAUUCGCUGGAUGGGAGCAACGUCUGGUAUGAUUUGAGCAGUGUCUUUGGGGACGCGUUCAAGGGACACAAGGUCACGGUGGCGGGCAAGGGAACCGGAAGCUGUGGGGCGAUUGAGUGGACGGAGGGAACGCAGCCGGCGGGAAGCCAGACCAAGGUGUGUGGGAGCGCAGGGGAUGUGGUGUUGGAUUUGUGUGCUGCUUGAAGGACCUGCCCCAUGGGUAGAGGUAUGGAGAGGAUCAAGGAAGGAUCAGGGGGAGGAUCUAAUAUGG